AGAAGCGACACGGCAGACGUGAAGGAUGGCAGCAGCGUCUAUGCAAGCAGUGCCAGAGCUAGUAUGGGCAGUGGGAGUGUUGUCGCCAACACCAAGGACACAGCGGGACUCAUUAGUUUCAGUUCCGCGACUGAGGAAGAAGACGAAGCAUCUAGACGCCAUUGAAGCCAGAACUCCAGGGCCCCACCUGCCUGGCAUUCGCAGGUUGAGGGUUGGCGUGCCUUCUGACUACAAUAGCCACAGCCAGGGUCUCCAAGUGAGCAAAGAAAUGGAGCUGUCUGUUUCUUUGUCAAGGUCUGCGUCCCAAGCUGCCAAUGCCUUCACUGCACAAGGAGUCCUCUUCCCAUCACAAACGCACUCCACUUUCAAGGAACAGAAUGGAGGAAGGCCUUUUGGUGAUUUGCCAAUCUGCCCCUGUAUCUGUGCUAGAAGGCGGAGGGAAGACGUCGGACGUCCUGUCUUCCGGGAAGUGUUUGUUGGAGGUCAUGUUGUGGGGAAGGAAACCGGCAGGGCGUGGGCUGUUCAUUGUGCAGAACCACACAACAGCUGGCUUUCUGCCAGUUUCAACCCUCUGCCAGGAAGACGUCCCACUGCAAUGGCUCUCCACCGAAGACCCUUAGAGCGCUCUUUCUCGUCGACAGCAAAUUUGAUCACACCUCUGCAAUCAGCAACCAGAAGUUGUGGAACUGCUCCUACGCAGGAUGGGCCAACGGCGUCAAAGUCUUCGACAAAACCAUUCCUCUGUUACGAAAGUCGGCUUCGUGAUCAUCAGGAAUUACAAUGGUUAUCCUGGGGAGCACCACUCUCUGCCAGGCCUCUGCAGUGCAAGCACCUCAGCGGUCCACGAUGGCGUAUCGCAUCAGGCUUGAAGUUGGAUGAGAAAAUGUCAGCCGGACCUGGCAAUGAAGAUGUUUUUCCUAGCGCUGCCGAAGCUGCCCAAGAAGGAGCUCUGGUGGGUGAGGAUGCUGCUGUGUUCAGUCUUGAGACUCAGAGCUUGAAAUCGUGGGGCAUUUUUUCCACAAUCCUUGCGACCGUUCUUGCAGUUACCUACUAUGUCUGGAUUGACUCCAACGUUGGACUUGGAUAUGGCGGCAAAUUCAUCCAGACCAUGAGUUUGGUAUCCGAUAAUCACGAGCUGGUAAUGCUGGCGAUCCUUUUCGUGUUUGCUAUUGUACAUAGCGGCCUUGCAGCCCUGCGUAGUUCUGGUGAAGAGUUGAUGGGAGAAAGGGCUUAUCGGGUCCUGUUUGCUUCUGCCUCAUUACCUCUUUCUAUAGCAGCUGUUGUAUACUUUAUUAAUCACAGGUACGAUGGCGUGCAGCUCUGGCAGCUCCGGACAGUUCCCGGCAUUCAUGAACUAGUUUGGCUCCUUUCAUUCAUCUCUUUCUUCUUCCUCUACCCCUCCACUUUCAAUCUGCUUGAAGUUGCUGCAGUUGAUCGACCCAAACUUCAUCUUUGGGAAACAGGCAUCAUGCGAAUCACCCGCCACCCGCAGAUGGUGGGACAACUGAUUUGGUGCUUAGCGCACACAUUAUGGAUCGGGAACUCCUUCACGCUUACGACAUCGCUGGGUCUCUGUGCGCACCAUCUUUUCGGCUGCUGGCACGGCGACAAGCGGCUGGCCGAGAGGUAUGGGGAGGCAUUCGAGCGCGUCAGAGAUCGCACAAGCAUCUUCCCUUUUGCUGCAAUUGUUGAUGGACGGCAGAAACUACCAAAGGAGUACUGGCGCGAGUUCCUAAGGGUACCCUAUCUCACCAUCACGGCGCUUACACUGGGUGCCUAUUUCUGCCACCCAUUAAUGCAAAUGGCCAGCUUUCAUCUACACUGGUGAGACCGUCUCAUGUCUGGUUUUGUAGUAGUUAAAGUGCACUCUACCCAUGGUAUCUCGCAAUUGUAAAGGC